GUCGCUGUUCCGAUGCUUCACCCAGUAAAAGGUGGCACGGGAACAAAGACCCUCGCACGUGUUGAAAACACGUGUCGGGACCCUACUCGACGGUGAUGUUACUCCUCCCGCAUGCGACCCUUCCCCAACACGUCGACUCCGCCUCCGACACUCCCGUCUUUAUUAAACCCUUUCCUUACAGGGACCCUCUCCUCCAUUCUCUCGCUCUUCCGCUCAAUCUGUGGAGUUGUUCGAACGCUCGGGGAGCUUGCUCGGAGGCUUCUGAGAGUCUGCAUCGCCGUCUGGAAAUUGAAUCGCAAAGAGAUUGGUUCCGAUUCGCCGGCCUGCAUUGGUUGGAGCUUCGUCCAGCUGGAAUCGUUCUUGUUCCCUCCCGCGCUGAAUCGUCGAUUCGGGAAGCAGUCUGUUAUGCGAACAAGAUAGAUUUCUUGGCUAUUUAUGAAGGCAUUCAAAUCGUGGCGAUGGCUAUGGAGAAAAAGAAACGCCUUCUCUGAUGGGGGAAAAUGCGGUUUCAAGAUGAAGCAAUUACCUUUUAUGGGAAUUUUGUGUACAGUAAUGUUGGUUAUUGUAUAUAGAACCACAAAUUAUCAAUAUCAGCAGACACAGAUGGAGACAAAAAUGCAGCCAUUUGGCACAGUAAAGGAAUCUCUUAUUACUUCUCUGGGGUUGAAGAGUUUGCCUCACGGUAUCAUUCAUGCUAGAUCAGAUUUAGAGUUAAGGCCUCUAUGGUCAACAAGCAGUUCAAGGUCAAAGCCAGAUGUUUACAGCCAUCGUAAUCUGCUGGCAAUUGCAGUUGGUAUCAAGCAGAAGCAUAAUGUUGAUGCCAUGGUUAGAAAGUUUCUUCCAGAGAAUUUUACAAUUACUUUAUUCCAUUAUGAUGGCAAUGUGGAUGGGUGGUGGGAUCUGGAUUGGAGUAACCAGGCCGUACAUAUUGUUGCUCAAAACCAAACAAAAUGGUGGUUUGCAAAACGAUUUCUACAUCCAGAUAUUGUGUCCAUAUACGAUUACAUAUUUCUUUGGGAUGAAGAUUUGGGGGUGGAAAAUUUUCAUCCAGGAAGAUACUUGGACAUUAUGAGGUCUGAAGAACUGGAGAUAUCUCAGCCAGCUUUAGAUGCAAAUUCAACAGAAAUACAUCAUAGACUUACUCUUCGCAAACGAACAAAGAAGUUUCAUAGAAGAGUUUAUGAAAUUAGAGGCAGUAUCAAGUGUGUGAAUACCAGCCAGGGGCCACCAUGCACUGGAUGGGUGGAGGGAAUGGCUCCAGUAUUUUCGAAGUCUGCUUGGUAUUGUACUUGGCAUCUUAUACAGAAUGAUCUUGUUCAUGGAUGGGGACUGGAUAUGAAACUUGGGUAUUGUGCACAGGGGGACCGAACAAAGAAGGUGGGAAUCAUCGACAGUGAAUACAUUGUUCAUCAGGGAAUACAAACUUUGGGUGGGCCUUCUGCAAAAAAGACUCCGAGAGAGAGUACUCCUGAAGAAUCAGCUAAGAGGCAUGGCGGGGUAAGUGUUGAUGCACGAUCUGAGAUAAGGAGGCAAUCAACAUGGGAGCUUCAGACAUUCAAACAGCGUUGGGAAAAAGCUGUGAAGGAGGAUAAGUUUUGGGUUGAUCCAUUUAGAAGAAGCCAAAGACGCCACAACUAAGUUUUGACAUCAUGACUUGGGAUACACAGUAGUUCAGUUUUGCCGAUUCUCUCUCUCUCUCUCUCUCUCUCUCUCUCUCUCUCUCUCUACACAUGUAAUUCUAGUGUUUAUAGGGCUCAUUGAAAAAUUUUCAUAAUUAUUUCAUUUAUUUGAAUAUUAGAUGGGGUUUCAGUUACGAGGAAUAGUCAUGCUGUUCAUUCUAAACUCACUGGCAUUUCAGAUCCAGUUCUAGCAAUUCUUUGUGGCCUUCACAUAAUAUUUAUUUAAGUUGAAUAUUUUGAUGAGGUGAA